UCCAUGUGAGUAAAGUUUGAGAAACAGAGAGAGAAGGGAAGAGAAAUGCGUUACAGGGGGUGGGAUCUGGUGCGGUUCCUAGGGUUUAUGCUACUGUGGUCCUCCGCCACAGUCGUCCAAGCUUCGAUCCACGAGUACAGGAAUGAAGGUUUCAGUCGUCGUCUCAAUUCCUACUUCUUCCAUGGCGGCAGCGAGGGUCUCUACGCUUCCAAACUCCAUCUCUCUCACCCCAAUUCCGAAGAUAAGCCUCUCAAUGGCAAGUCUUUCAUCAGGUUUGAGUCGAUCACCUUCCGACGAACGAAAGAAACAACUGAGAAGCAGAAUGAGAUGCAGCAGAAGACUGGAUUGAUUGAAGCUAUAAUAGUUGAAGUCAAAGAUAGGGGCAGGAUUGGAGGUUCUUAUGAAAAUACUGAUGUGAUAUGCUGCAACCCGAAACUUGCUGAGCAAGGAUCCUGCAAGGUAGGAGAGGUAAUCAUCCGUCAAGAUCCAAAUAACCCUGACUGGCCCAAACGGAUUCAGACCUCCUUUGAAGGAAAAAAUGAAGAGGCUACACUGAUUCAGACUGUUGAGAUCAACAGUACUGGAAUGUACUAUCUAUACUUUAUGUUUUGUGAUCCACAACUCAAAGGCACGAUACUCAGUGGAAGAACAGUUUGGAGAAACCCAGAUGGUUAUCUACCUGGUAAAAUGGCACCGCUGAUGACAUUCUCUGGCUUCAUGUCUUUAGCUUACCUUGUUCUAGGUCUUGUCUGGUUUCUCCAGUUUGUACAAUACUGGAAAGAUAUAAUACACUUGCAUUACCACAUCACAGCAGUAAUUGGUCUGGGAAUGUGUGAAAUGGCUUUCUGGUAUUUUGAAUAUGCAAAUUUCAAUUCGACUGGAAACAGACCAAUGGGAAUUACCCUGUGGGCAGUUACCUUUAGUGCUGUUAAGAAGACUGUCUCUCGCCUUCUUCUUUUGGUUGUUUCAAUGGGCUAUGGUGUUGUGCGGCCAACCCUUGGUGGUAUAACCCCUAAGGUACUCCUCCUUGGUUUCAUGUAUUUUGUGGCUACGGAAGCACUUGAACUUGUUGAACAUUUGGGGAAUAUCAAUGACUUCUCUGGAAAAGCAAAGGUUUUUCUGGUGCUACCUGUGGCACUACUGGAUGCCUGUUUUAUUCUUUGGAUAUUUUCUUCGCUAUCUAAAACACUGGAGAAGCUUCAGAUGCGGAGAAGCAUGGCCAAAAUGGAGCUCUACCGGAAGUUUACAAAUGCACUCGCGGUAUCAGUGCUGCUCUCUGUUGCUUGGAUUGGCUAUGAGUUGUACUUUAAUGCAUCCGACCCACUGAGUGAACUUUGGCGUAGAGCCUGGAUCAUCCCAGCCUUCUGGACUUUGCUUGCAUACAUAAUCUUGGUGGUGAUUUGCAUUUUGUGGGCGCCAUCACAUAACCCAACUAGAUUUGCAUACUUGGAGGAGGCGGGAGAUGAUCUUGAAGAGGAGGGUGUCUCACUGACAACUAGUGGAGUUAAGGUGGCUGGAGAUGUAGCAACCAAGCUGGAAAGAAAGGAAAGAAAGGUGUCAAUUGCAGCAGAUCACGUGUAUGGGCUUGGAGAAGAUCCCGAGGAAGACAAGAGAGAAUAAUGGCCCCUUUUUCUUCUUGUACUCCAUUGAAUCACAGGUUUGAUCAGCACUUGUCUCCAUUAGUUUACCUGUAUUUUCUGUUGUACCUCGCGUUUUAUGUAAAAACAACUGAGAGAAUGGAAAGCAAGAAAAUACAAUGAAGUGUCUAAAUGGCAGAUCACCCACAUACUUGUACGUAUAGGUUUUAAGUGGGUAAAUUCAUUCAGUACACCCAUGAUGAGGAAGUGAUGUUGGGAUGAUCGCCAUUUGGGCACUUUAAUGUUGUAAAAUACUCUUGCAAAUCAGAUGAGUUUACUGAUUAUUACGUUACCGGAUAAGUCA